CUAGUUUAGCGAAAUAAACAGCAACAACGAACUAUUGUUUAAACAAAACGAUAUAAAAGCCAACAAAUAUAAUUGAAUAAAAACAUUAGAGUUCAAUAGCCAGUCAAGUAAAGUGCAGUAAAGCAAAAGCAAAUGGAAUAAUAUUAUUUUAAAAAAUACUGCUUCAACAAAAAGAACAAUUGAAAGAAACGAAUACAAGGCAAUUAAUAUUUUGUUGACUCACAAGUGCAGCUAAUUGAAGCUAAUUUAGUUAAAACCCUGAAUAAAAAGAACCAAAUAUUUUGAGAUAAAUUAUGAGAUUCUUAAUAAUAACAUUAUUUCUGUUAUGUAGUGCAAACACAUUAAUUUGUUUGACGGACAAUAGUAAAGAUGUGGAGUCUGAAGAUUAUGAUGAAGAUUAUCCAGUGGCUGAAUUAAAUUCUCAGGAUAAAAAUUUGGAUAUUAAUCAAGCUUUGGAGGAUGAAAAUGAUGAUGAUGAGUAUUGUGAGUGGUUAAAAUGUGAUAAAGAUUUGCGGCAAGAGAGAGGCUUUCGUAGAUUUCUGGAUGUGCCUUUUCUAAAGAAACUUGUUAGAAAUUUAAGUCCCUUUUCACGUCCUAGACUGGAAAUGCAUUUUUAUCUGUUCAAACGGGAGUUUCCUGACUGUGGCAGGGAGCUGAUAAUUGGUGAUGUUAAUUCAUUGAGAGCAUCCGGUUUGGAUGCUUCAAAGCCAACCAGAAUCAUUAUCCAUGGUUGGAUGAGCCAGUCUAGAGGUUCCUUUAAUCGUGAUAUUAAAAAUGCUUACCUCAAGAAUGGAGACUUUAAUGUGAUUAUAGCUGAUUGGAGUUCCCAUGCUGCCAAUAUCAACUAUUUCCAUGUGGUCAGACUAAUCGAGACCUUUGGUGCCUAUGUGGCUCAAUUUACCAACUAUUUAGCGGAAAAGGCCCAAAUUAAAUACGAUGAUAUCUAUCUUAUUGGCCAUUCAUUGGGUGCUCAAAUAGCUGGUGCAGCCGGCAAACGUAGCUGGCCCAACAGAUAUAAUACCAUAUUUGCUUUGGAUCCUGCUGGACCCAAAUUUCGCAAGAAGAGUACUGAUUUCCGUAUUGAUCCCACAGAUGCCAAAUAUGUGGAGAGCAUACAAACAAGUCGUAAUUUGGGUUUCUUAGAGCCAACCGGAAAUGCUACAUUUUAUCCCAACUAUGGCAGCUAUCAAAAGAAAUGUUACUAUGUGGGCUGUUCUCAUAUAAGGGCCUAUAAAAUGUUUGUGGAAUCCCUAAAUUCCCCUCUGGGAUUUUAUGGUUUGAAAUGUUUGCGUCGCCAGCGAGAGUGGAAUUGUAAUGAUACGGAUACACGGGAUUAUCGUAUGGGUGGAGAACCUUCAAUACCCAAAAGUGGUUUGUUUUAUGUGGACACCAAUAGCAAAGAACCCUUUGCCUUGGGUAGAGUAAUUUUGUCAGGGAAUAAUGAAAAUUGAUAAUACAAAUAAUUCUUAUUAUGUAGCUUUAAUUAAACAAAGACAACAAGUACCUGAGAUUAACUAUAAUUAAUGUUAUUUAUUAAAAAUUAUUUAUUUUAAUUUAAUACCCUUAAGAUCUCUUAAAAAUUUGCUUAGAAUAAAAAAAAUUUUAAA